CCAUGGGCCUCGACUAGCAUCGUUAAUUCUACAUGCAUCUCUUGACGUUUUGUUUAGAUUACCAAUCAAGACAAAUACUUAAGGAGAUCCGAGAAACAAGUUUGAAGAAAUAAUACUAUUAUUUUAUUUUAGCUUUGGACACUUAAUUAAUUUGUUAAAAAGAAAACUCAAUAUGUCGUCCUCUGUGCACUGCCAAUUGUGGAUGGGAAGUUUGGAGCCAUACAUGACCGAAAACUUUAUAAUCGCUGCGUUUCGGAAAAUGGGCGAGGAACCUACGACAGUGCGCUUAAUGAGAAACAAAUACACCGGCGAGCCUGCCGGCUACUGCUUUGUCAACUUUGCCACAGAUGAGAGUGCCAUGGAUGCGAUGCAUAAACUUAAUGGCAAACCAAUACCUGGAACUAAUCCAAUCGUUCGCUUCAGAUUAAAUAGCGCCAGCAAUUCGUAUAAACUACCCGGGAAUGAGCGAGAAUUCAGUGUAUGGGUGGGUGACUUAAGCUCAGAUGUUGAUGAUUAUCAGUUGUAUAAGGUUUUUUCUACAAAAUAUACCUCUAUCAAAACCGCUAAAGUCAUUUUGGAUAGCUCGGGAUUUUCGAAAGGCUACGGCUUCGUAAGAUUUGGAAUUGAAGAUGAACAGAAAUCUGCUUUAUAUGAUAUGAACGGAUACAUUGGAUUAGGCACAAAACCUAUUAAAAUUUGCAACGCUGUGCCAAAACCAAAGAAUGAGCUGGGCGUUGCUCUUGGUACAACUAGUAAUUAUGGUUAUGGCGGUGGUGGUAUUGGCGGUGCGUCGACCACUGCAGCAGUAAGUGCAGACUAUUCUCAAUAUUAUGAUCCAACAAGCACAUAUUGGCAGAAUUACAACUCUUGGCAAGGAUACUAUGAUCAAAGUGGCGCAGGGGCUAUGACAGAUCCAAACAACACUUACUAUCAACAAUCAAUGGCUCAGUCGCAUGCAAAUCCGCAAACAUUGGCUCAGCACGCAGAAGCGUGGAGCGCCCAACGCACAGCUCAAUACGAGCAACAAGCAGCAGUUGCUGCCGCAACCAGUGUACCCAGCGUCAGUGAGGAUGAUGACUAUGCUUUAGUAGAGCACAAGUAUACUUUAGAUAUUGAGAAGUUGAAUCGGGAGACAUUGGAUGCCGAUCGGCUACUGUAUGACGCCCUUGAAAGUUCAAAAUGGCUACCACUUGAGCAAUUAGAAACAUACUAACCAAACUUUUUUAGAUAUUGACAACUUUAGAUAUAUCUGUCAUUCCUGGCAAAAAAUAAAUAUAUUAGCAUGGA